CGCGCGAAAUAUCACGCCACCGCCGCCGCCGCCGCCGCGAACGCCAUGGCCACGGGCAUGCUGCUCCGCGGCCUCCGCUCGGCGGCGAGCCGGACGAGCCCUGUCUUCCCGACCUCCGCCUCGUCCCCGGCGCCCUACGUCUCGCCGCUCCUCCGCCGCCUCUACUCGGCCGCCGCCGCGUCGGCAGCCGCCUCCCCGGCCCUGGGGCCCGGAGGCGCCCUCGACCCGUCCCGCAUCCGCAACGUGGCGGUGAUAGCCCACGUCGACCACGGGAAGACGACGCUGAUGGACCGGCUCCUGCGGCAGUGCGGCGCCGACAUCCCACACGAGCGCGCCAUGGACUCCAUCAGCCUCGAGCGCGAGCGCGGCAUCACCAUUGCCUCCAAGGUCACUUCUGUCUCUUGGAAGGAGAACGAACUCAACAUGGUUGAUACACCUGGUCACGCUGAUUUUGGUGGCGAAGUCGAGAGAGUUGUUGGAAUGGUUGAAGGGGCGGUCUUGGUUGUUGAUGCUGGGGAGGGACCUUUAGCGCAGACCAAGUUUGUACUUUCAAAGGCUUUGAAGUAUGGCUUGCGCCCAAUUCUCCUUCUCAACAAGGUUGACAGGCCAUCAGUUUCGGAAGAGACCUGCAAUGAAGUAGAGAGCUUGGUGUUUGAUCUAUUUGCAAAUCUUGGUGCUACAGAAGAACAGUUAGACUUCCCAGUUCUUUAUGCAUCGGCUAAAGAAGGCUGGGCUUCUCUAGAAUUCACCAAGAGCCCUCCUGAUAAUGCGAAAAAUAUGUCUGCAUUGCUUGAUUCCAUUUUACAGCAUGUGCCUUCUCCAAAAGCUGACCUUGAGGCUCCAUUCCAAAUGUUGGUUUCCAUGAUGGAACGCGAUUUUUAUCUAGGACGAAUACUGACUGGACGAGUAAGAUCUGGGGUUGUCCGUGUUGGUGACAAAGUGCAUGGUCUUCGUAGCACAGAUGAUGGUGUUCAGAAGAUCGAAGAUGGAAAGGUUGUCAAGCUCAUGAAAAAGAAAGGAACAAGUAUGGUAAUAGUAGAGGCUGCAGGAGCUGGCGACAUAAUUUCAAUGGCUGGAUUGGCUGCUCCAGCAAUUGGGCAUACUGUGUCAAAUUCAGAUAUUUUGACUGCCCUUCCUACAAUUGAGUUGGACCCUCCCACAAUAUCUAUGACUUUUGGUGUGAAUGAUUCACCACUGUCUGGCCGCGAUGGCACUCAUCUAACUGGAGCGAAAAUAGGCAACCGCCUAAUGGCAGAAGCAGAAACGAACCUGGCAAUUAAUGUUCUUCCUGGACCAUUAUCAGAAUCUUAUGAAGUUCAAGGAAGGGGAGAACUUCAGUUAGGAAUCUUGAUUGAGAAUAUGCGCCGCGAAGGAUUUGAGCUUUCAGUUUCACCCCCAAAAGUGAUGUAUAGAACAGACCGUGGAGAAAGGUUAGAGCCUAUUGAAGAAGUAACUGUUGAGGUAGACGAGGAGCAUGUUGGAUUUGUCAUGGAAACCCUGACACACAGGAAGGGUGAAGUAAUGGACAUGGGCCCUGUUCCAGGGACAACUGGGAGAACUCGGAUCUUUUUGACCUGCCCAUCUAGGGGUUUGGUGGGAUUCAAAGGAAUAUUCAGCAGCUUUACACGUGGAACUGGGUUUAUGCAUCGCGCUUUCCAGGCAUAUGCUAAAUACAGAGGUCAGCUGGGCAAUGUUAGAAAAGGAGUUCUGGUAUCUGUCGGCAAGGGACUUAUCACUUCACAUGCACUUAUGAGUUUAGAAGCUCGUGGUAUUCUGUUUGUUUCUCCUGGGAUGGAGGCGUACGAAGGCAUGAUUGUUGGAGAGCACUCACGUGACAGUGAUCUUGAUAUCAAUCCUGUGAGAACUAAAGAACUUACAAACAUUCGAGCUCCAGGAAAGGAUGAAAAUGUCAGGCUUUCUCCACCACGAUUGAUGAGUUUGGAAGAGGCAAUUGGAUAUGUUGCUGCAGAUGAGCUUAUUGAGGUUACUCCCAAGGUCAUUCGGCUUCGGAAGAAAUAUCUGGAUGCCACGAAACGUAAGAUGAUGAAAAACAAACCAAUGGAUUGAAGCUUCAGUGACACUAAACGAAGUUUUGUGAGUGCUGCUACAUUAGUCUAUAAUAAUCCAAAAGGCGCAGAUGCAUCCUAUUUAUGUAUAGGUUGGCGGAUAGCUUUUUCAAGUGCUGCCAGCGUUCCUCACCAUGACCCAGCAUGAAAAUUUUAUUCAGCCGUGGGAUGAUAAUGAUUCACGGCAUGCUAAGAACGAAUAAGCCCGUGAUUGGAGCUACUGCUAUAACAGAAAUACAGAACAGGGUGGGUGGGCUGGUAACAUGGAUUACCUCUGGAAGGCGAUUAUACCUUUUGAUAGCCUUUUUACAGUAAUUGUUGGAACGACCAUAGAUAUUGCCCUUGAAGGUCAUAGUAUUCUUUUCUAGUUGAGUGCUGAAAAAAUGACAGCUAUAGUCUCUUUUGAUGCUGGUUGUUUUUGUUCACAUUUGUAUGGGCAUGUGUUACUGAGAGAUGAAAGGAAAUCAUUUGAAACGCUAUGAUGCAUGAACUAAGACAGAAGUACAGAAGGUCGUCAUGAGCAUUGUUUUACACGUAAUGCCGUAUAUUCGAACA